AGAAACGGAAGCUGUGUCUGGGCUUGUCUCUUGUCAACAAAACAGUCCAAAAAAUGAAGUGAACUCUUUCGGUGAAAAAAUAAAGCCGUGUCCCGAAUGAAAACAGGAGAUGAGGUGUGAGAUAAGGGCAGGAGAAUGAGUUGUCAGUGGGGAGGAAGUGACUACUUGUCGGCGUUGAUGAGCGGUGACAAGCGGUCACACACCGCAUUAGAACGACUCGUCGAUGACCUGCACUCGGACAAAGAUCAAGCUGUUAACACUUUCCUCAGUCAUUCCGGAUCCGAAGACUUUCUCUGGGGACUUGUCAAACUCGUGGCCAAUGGCAACUCCAGGGUUGCCGGCAAUGCAGCCUAUAUCAUUGGCUCCCUGGCUGAGUCUGAACUGGGCUGUUUCAGAGUACUCUCCCUUGCUAGAGCUCGCAAUGAGGAGGGCAAACAGAUGCUCAAUAACCUGACACGAAUGCUGGCGUUUAAUGAUGCAGAGAGUGUGAUGAAUGCAGCGGGCACCCUGGGAACAUUGGCAGAGAGCCAUGAAGGACGAGACUGGAUUUUGUCUGAGAGUUGUCUGGACGAGAUGAUUGACAGAAUAGCAAGUCUACUGCACAACCCCAACCUGUGGACUGCCAGCAACGCUGCUCUUGUAUUAGCUAGGCUGAGUAUAUCUGAAGGAGGUUGUUCUCGUGUUCUGAAUCAUGAAAACUGGCAGGCCGUGCUGACGAAGCUAACCCAAUCUCUCGGGGUGGAUGAAGCAGGACGUGGGAUGAAUGCAGCUUUUGCUGUAGGCCGGCUCUGUGACACAAGUGUGGGCAGGAUGCGUCUUCUAGCUCUUCCAGAGUCCGAAAAAAUGAUAUCCUCUCUGGCUAAGAUGCUGUGUAGUCAGGACACUGGGGUCAGUAAAAAUGCCUGUUUUGCUCUCAGCUGUUUGGCCACUUCCAUGGAGGGGCAUAGCAGACUUCUGGCCAACUGUUAUGUGGAUCAUGUCCUUCAGCAGCUGACAGAGAGGCUUACGGCAGAGGACAGCGAAACUGGCUGGUUUGCUGCCAUGACAUUGCGGACCUUGGCAUGUCAGCCUAAGGGUUGUUUAAAACUGAGAACCUGUCCCAAUGUCAUUUCGGCUUUGAAGGCCAUAGAGAACAACAGAGAGGUAAAUUCUGAUCUCAGAGAAGAGGUUCUAGUCACAUUGGAGAUUCUGAAAAAGCUGGAGAAACCCAGAGCACCAAGAUUACAAGUGAAAGGUUCCAAUGUGGUAGUAGCGGAGUGGGAUGAAGUGCAAACAAAGAGUGGACUGGAAGUCUUCUAUGAGCUCUUUGAAGGCUCUUCCAGUGUGUACACAGGCACAGAGACGUGUUGUAGUUUUGAGGAACUGAAGCCCCUAACAGAGUACCGGUAUAAGCUUAGAGCCUACACUGAAGGGGAUGUCAGUCCUUUUUCUGACAGUGUCACAGUAACUACAGAGGAAACAGUUCCGGGCGCCCCAUCUAAUCCCCGCAUAUUGGGAUGUACAGCAACUCAGCUGAAGGUAGCGUGGGAUCCACCUGAACAAGCCAAUGGGAUCCUUAAAGGCUACUAUGUGUAUAAUGGGCAGACUCUGGUAGAACACACACAUGAAAUGAUGUCCAUCAUCACUGGCCUGCAAGCUGCGACAUCAUAUGAGAUUGAGAUUUGUACAGCUACUUCAAAGGGUAAAGGACCCAGAGCAUGUGUUGUGGGACAAACUGCUGAGACAGGUGCCCAUGCUCCAGGUAAACCUGAUGUGUCCGUGAUGGGCAGGAAUGAGAUCAAUGUCUCUUGGAAACCCCCAGAGGUGCCCCUGGGGCGCAUAACCCGCUAUGAUCUCACCAUGAAUGGUAAACUCAUCUACUCUGGGACUGAUCUAAGUUAUGGGGCUAGGAGGUUGGUGCCAGACACAGAAUAUGCGUUUGUGGUUACUGCUCUCACAAAUGAAGGAAGGUUUGAAAGUAAGCCAGCAAAGCGGAGAACAUCCAGGGAUGAAUAUGAUGUGAAUCGCGCCCCACUGUACCAGCCCCCUGUCCGUAAAGAGGAGGAGCCUACCAAAGCCCCGACCACUGACCCGGUGAGGAAGAGAAAGUCUUUGACGGGAACCACGGAGACCAAGCUGCCCACCAGGACCUUGAGUGCUUCAAGUAAGCAUUCUGCUACAGCCUACAAGCUGUGUAGGACCUGGACCAAAAUUGAUCUCAACACAACCAGGCAGUUUGUAAAGAAAGAGUCAAGAACUUCCCCAACAAAUUCUGGAGUAAAAGAUGCACACCAGAAAAAGGAGAAAGAGUGGCAUAUAGAUGACAGCUAUCCAUUGGUAACGGUGAGUAAAGGAACCAAGUCACUAGUCGGUAUGGAGUCUGUAAGGAGAGAACGAACGACACUGCAGAAUGGAUCCAAGCGGAGGAACUCAGAUUGUUUUCCAAGGGCACCUGUUCAGAGAGAUCGUGCAAGAGGGCACAGCAAAGAUCUUCCUGCCUGGAGUAAGCCAGUGUUCCCUCUCAACCUGGGUUCCAUGUCACAGGCAUCCACCUCUGACACCAACGGGAAGCUGCCUAACUCCUUCACCCAUACAGACAGCUUUCUAGGAUUGACCACACCUGUGGGCCUAAGGAGAGAGAAAUCCAACGUACUGUCACUUGCCAGACAGGGAGAGCGGAGGUACGGCAUCACACUGAGGCCUUUGAAUAGGGGAAACAAGUUCCUUAACAAAGACCCCCAGGAGACUCCCGUGCUGAUGGAGACACCCACAUGGGCCCCACCCAUGGACCUCAUAACUCAGAAGGCUCAGCCCCUCCACAACAAGUUUGUGCCCAUGCAGUUUAGAACCCAGCCCUCUAAUCUGUCCAUGGGUCAGAUUGAACGAAUGAAUACCCAAGUUCUGGAGUCAAAAGGUUUAGGAGGGAUGAAUUUGAAGAGAAUACAAAGCCUUAGCCGGAGUCACACACAUGGAGAUCUGAGAAGCACAGAUCAUUCUUCAUCUUCACUCAUCCACAACUUGAAGAACAGGGAUCACAAGGACCCCCUUACCAGUGUAACACUGCACGAUUUGAAUAGGGUUCAAUCACAUUCUCCUCCUGGGCAUCAGAAACACGAUGCCACGUGGCCUGUCAAUGCUACGUGACACAAACUCAAUUCCACGUGGCCCGUCAAUGCUACGUGACACAAACUCAAUUCCACGUGGCCCGUCAAUGCUACGUACCUCAAGCUCGAUUACACGUGGCCUGUCAAUACUAUGUGAGACAAGCUGGAUUCCACGGGGCCAUUCAGAUGCUUACGUGACACAAGUUCAGUUCCGCGUGGCCUAUCAAAGCUGUGUGACACAAGCUCGUCCCUUGAAGGGUAGAAGAAAUAACGGGAGCCUGUGUCAGACUCAUGGCCUGGUUUACCGCAGCCGUGUGGUUUGCUGUGCUGCAACCAGUGAAAACUAUCCUACAUAUAUGUUCUUGUGGGAAACCAAGACUUGGGAAUGCUGACUUUGCCAUGGGGCUAUUCAUGGGUGGCUUAGGGACAUGGGCGGUGAUAUCUGGAGAGGUGACAUGUAUCUUAGGAAACAUUUGACUGUGCUAAUAAACGUAGCUUAUAUAUGGAUCCAACUGAUACAUGUAAUUGUGCAGUGUGUUGUAAGAAUCAAAUAGGCCACAGUUAUACAUUUAAAUCAAGAGAGGAUACAAAUAUGUUCAUGAAAUAGGAGUCAAAGAUUGUGUAAUACAUGUAGGCCUCCGUUCUAAAUCAGAUGAUUUCGCCUGUCCAAGGAAUCCAAUACUCUUAGUGCAUAUCUUAUGGCUCUGAAGGCAAGUUUACAUGUACAUGCAUCUUCGGAAUCAGUGGAUAUGAUCAGACGUAUGUGCUAUGUUUAGGAAAAGUAUGAUACACGCAAAUAGUGAAUCAAAUGAUUCAUUAUUAAUGGAAUCAGGUGUCUGACUACAUGUGAAACAUAGCUGUAGACGGUUACCUUCUGAAUCAGUAACAGUCUGUGAUGAUACUUGUAUGUAUCUUGCAUAUCAAAUAUUGUUAUACAUAGUAUUAUAUUAAACACUGUGAUAUUUUUUAAAUUGUUGAAACUGUGAUCAUAUAUUUUGUGCCUUGCGUGUUGAAAAUUCGGAAAACAGGGUUUUUCAUUCAGUCAUUUAUACCUACUGUGUUUAGUUCUUCCACAGUACACGAGAGAUGUAUUUAUGUAAAUACAAAUGUUAUUCUCUUUCAUUAUAACACCACCUAUCCUAUAAAUGUUCAUUUUUCCGGAUAAUAAAGGCAUGACAUAUCGUUUUGAUAUGCACCACGUGUAAUAUAAAUUCCGACAUUUGAUGGGUCCGUGUAGCUUUUCAUUCUUGAAAUCGACCAAGUUACAACUCGGCUGUACAGGCACUAUUUUUUUUACAACUUUUUCUGGCCGUCUGCGAAUGUCAACAUGGCCGACUUUCGACCAAGAGAUAUCGAAAACAUUGACAAAAAAGGACGCGUUAAAGUUAAAAUUGUGACAAGAGAUAAUGGAAUCAAUGUAGAAAUCCCCGGCAUUAACUACGACAUAGCGCUAUUGCCACGAAGGCCAAGUAAAAUCCCCCGACGGAAAACAUCGCGUAGGCCAUUAUUUUUCUUAACAUUAUUCUAUAGGCCCAAAACUUUGAGCUUCACUAAUUUUGACAUCAUCCAGAUGAAACUAAUAUCUACCGUACUUAAAUUCUGUUAGAAAUCAAUACUCUGUUGACUGUUUUACUUGUUCAAGCUUCGUUAAGUUAAACUGUCAGUUGUUUUUUGAAAGUUGCACGGCCUGUACUCGGCGCACGUGUAAUUUGUCUUUUUUUAGACGGUAAUUCUUUCUGUAGUAAAAAAUGUAAUAUUUUCGUUAGAAAUAUUAACGUAUUGAACGAUAUGUUGUAUAAAGCAAACUUUUGACAUGUCUGUUGUGUAAAAAAGCC